AUAAUUUAUUUGUCUUAUUUAAUCUUUCCAUACAUAACAAUAUAGGAACAUAUAGUUUAAGGAGCAAAGAUGGUUUUUCUUAGAGUAAUAAAGAAUAAGGCCUAUUUUAAACGUUUUCAAGUAAAAUAUCGCCGUCGCAGAGAAGGAAAAACCGAUUAUCAUGCCCGCCGUAGGCUGGUACUUCAGGAUAAGAACAAAUACGAUUCUCCCAAGUAUCGUUUUGUCGUACGUAUCACAAACAAGAGAGUAAUAUGUCAAAUUGUCUCGUCUACAAUCGUAGGUGACAAGGUACAUGCCUGUGCUGACUCAUCAGAGUUGGUACAUUAUGGUGUUAAACUUGGUUUGACCAAUUAUGCUGCUGCUUACUGUACUGGUUUACUCCUGGCUCGUCGUUUACUUACCAAGCUAAACUUAGAUAGUCAGUUUGUUGGUAAAGUUGAGGCUGAUGGUGAGGUCUUUCAUGUCGAAGAGGAGGAUCAUGAAAGGAGACCAUUCAAAGCACUUCUUGAUGUUGGCAUCAAGAUUGUUACCACUGGUAACAGAGUCUUUGGCGCAUUGAAGGGUGCAUGUGAUGGUGGUUUACACAUUCCUCACAGUGAAAAGAGAUUCCCCGGAUAUAGUGUGGAUGAAGAAAAUAAUGGGUCUUAUGAUGCUGAGGCUCAUCGCGAACGUAUUUUUGGUCUUCAUGUCGCAAAAUAUAUGAGCGAAUUGAAGGAGGAGGAUCCAGAACGUUAUGCCAAGCAAUUUAGUGCUUAUAUCAGAGCCGGUAUUGAUAGCGAUAACAUUGAGAACAUGUAUUCAACUGCCCAUGAGAACAUCAGGAAGUCACCUAUUUUGCCAGAGAAGAAGAAGGGUGUUUACAAGAGAGAAAGAAAGGGUCAUACUAUCUAUACCAAUUCUGGAUCAUACAUCAGAAACAGGAAGAUUACCAAGGAACAAAGAAGAGAAAGAGUCAAACAAAAGAUUGCAUUGUGUGUACAAGAUUCUUGA